UAUGACUAGUUGAUCUUUGCAAUUUGUGUCUUAGAAGUCACUAAAAAAAAAUCAUCUGAGAGAAUGCUCAUUGAGGCCAGCUAUGUGUUUGAUCUUGUCUCUCUAUCAGAAAGGACAAUUUCAGCUUAUUACUCCAGAUUUUAUCUUUGGAGCUCUGAGAAAAACUGGUUGUCAGAGGCCUUGGCUAUAAGAGUUUGACAGAUCACAUGGAAGUCUGAGCCCUUUUAAUCUUCUGUCUCAGGGUCCUUCCUUCCCUUUCAAGGUCUCUGGUGGGCUUGGUGCCUUAUCAGGAAUGAUUUGCCAGCUUGCUUUGCAGACCAAGUACCAGUUCCAGGCCUUCUGACUCUCUAGAAAGGUCCAAUGUAGGGCUGCAUGAGACAUGGAAAACCAACCCUCGAUAUGGGUUCAUAAAUUUUGAGAGGGGCGAAAAGUCUUCUCUGCCUAGGUCACUUCUUUGCCUUGAUUUUCCAUAGUUUGAGCUAUAGCGGAAUGAAUAGGAGACAAGAGCUCAAGUCCUGGCUCAAGUCACCAACCCUGUGAUCAUUGGCCUCUCUGGGCCUCUUUCCCCAGCUGUAAAUGAAGGGCUGACUGUCACAGCUUCAUUCUCUUGUUCUGAGUUAAGUAAUUCAAUGUGCAGCAUAAAAAGGCUUCAUAACAAGUCAGUAAAAUAUGUUACAGAUGUCAGUGCUUAUUGAUGUACAUUCAAUUUGGCUCCACAAGGAAACUUUCUGGAUUCUGUAUGGAGUGCCUACUCUGUCAUCAAUAGCUUUAGUUCUUGGCAAAGUUGAUCAUUGUCUACAGAGGCUUUCCUAGCAUCCUUUUCGUAUUUAUUCAUGUAAUCUUCCCAUGUUUAGUCUUAUACAUAUUACUGGAAGCUUUGGUGAUUCUUGAACAUUCCUUUUAGAAAGUUCUGGUCAGAUUUGUUUACGAGUAUUUAGAACUGAUUACUCAGAGUAAUGAUUUGAACUUUCAGUGCUGCCUGUGGAUCCAUUUCCCAAUAAAAUCCAGAACUACAGAGGUGAUUAUUUACGAUAAGUGAGGUUGAACUUGCUUGCUAGAACUCAGGAUGGUGGAGAACUCUUGAGAGUAUCUUGGUAGGUAAACCCUAAAGCAGGGCUGUUAAAACUUCACACACUGCUUUGGGAAUAAAAGGAGUGAAGAUGAGUGAGGAGCUUCUGUGAGUGGUUUAUGAAUUUAAAGCCUGACAUCUUUUGUGCAUUUUUGUUUGUUGGAAUUAUUACCCUGUUCUGAGAAAUUUUUUAGGUGUUUCCAAGACACUUGAGGAUUGUCGCAUACUUUCCUAUUCUUGGCACUUCAGAUGACUGCUAUUCUGUCUCCCUAACUUUUCAUUAGAAUUAACUGCAAGUGAAAGAAUCCCACUUGAGCAGAGGCAUAACUUGUAGGAGUUAUUUUACAUAACCAUAGGUAGAAUCAGCUGAGGAGACACUAGAACUGAAAACUGCCAAAACAUCCUCCAACUUUCAAUGGCUUUUUGCAAAAAUGAAGUUUUUUUCUUCAUAUAGCAAUUCACUGUGGUUUUUCCUGCUUUGGCUACCUUUAGUGUUUCAAAGACCCAAGCUUCCUCUGCCUUUUAGCUCCUCUUCUAUUCUGAAUUUUGUCCUGUAGUUUGGGAAAGAGAUUGGAGGAUCUUAUGUAGUAGGUUUUUGUUGGUCAGGUCUUAAAGUGGCUGAUCUCACUCUGUCUUCAUUCCAUUCAAUUAUAAUGGGUUUUGGCCCCACCUAUGAGUAAAGGAUGCUGGGAAAUAUCAUCUGCCUGACUGGGGGGGGGGUGAAAUAAAACAGUUUGGUGAGAACACCUAGAUAAUUUGAAUGACAUAGGAUUUCAAAGGAUGUGAAGAUUGUGCCUGUUCCCUUGGCUUCCCUCCUAUUAUGGCAAGGCUCAUGGCCACUGAAGAAGGAUUGACCUGUCCUUUGACUGGCUCUAAAUAGAAACUCUUAAGAGUAACAGCCUGCUUCAGAUCAUGUGAACAACCUGAGGCAAUCACUGGUGACUGAAUGGGUGGAAUGACGUAGAAUAGAGAGGUAGCCACUGGGCCCCCACCUUGCCUGGUUGCUCUCCAAGAAGGGGCUUUAUUGUUACCUCUUCUGGCACCACUAAAAGGGUCCAACUCUUUUUGCUCUUCCUAUUAUGGAAAAUUCACUGCAGUUUUGUAGUCAUCUUUCCAGCCCUCCUUACCAUAACUAUACCAAAUGACUGCAUUUUGUUGAGUCUGUGAUUUCUAACGUGCUAUUAUUUUAUGUACCACUGGAAAAAAAGGAGAAAAAUCAGGCUCCAAAUAAAAUGACACAAUGCUAAGAUCCCACCCAUUGUAAAAUGUAUCUGUCUUACUUUUCUUGUUGCUAAGACAAAAUAUCCACCAUCCAAAGUUCAAAGAGGAAAGGUUUCUUGUAGCUCACAGUUCAUAGAGUUUUCAGUCCAUAAUCAGCUGACUGCAAGGCAAGAUAGCAUGACAGAGGAGUAUCACAGAGGAGAAACAGUUCAUGGCAGGCAGAAGGGAACAAAAGCAGAAAGCAGCAAAUGACACAUCAACUGGACCCUUCUUUCUGUCUCUUAUGUUCUAUCCCUAAGGGCAUGUAGCACUCAUGCCCAGGAUGGGCUUCCCAUUAUCCAUAUCCAGAACUAUGCCAAGCCAAUCAGUGGACUAACUUAGGCAUCACACACUUAAUCCCAACAUCACACAGUCUAGAUCCAGUCACCUAUGAAAAGCCCAUCUAUGACCACAUGAGGCUUUGGGGAACAGCUAGACAUAAGCUGUAGCAGCAUCCUAAUUUCUAAGCUGUCAAAAUGUAAAAAGUAGUUUUUAGAACUGAUAAAAGGUGGCAUUUAUUACCCUACAACAAGCUGUAUACUCUCAUGCCUGGUACCACUGCUCAUUUUGUUUGUUUGUUUCUUUUUUUAUCUUUUUGAAACAGCGUCUUGAUAUGCAGAUUAGGUUGGCCUUGAGCUUACUUUGUAGCCUAGGCUGGUCAAGAAUUUGCAAUGGUCCUCCUGCCUCAGCCUCCCUAGUGCUGGGAUUACAGGCAUGCACCACCAUGCCUACCUUCUCAUUUUGUUUCUUAAAUCCAUCCUAGUUAAAAGAAAAUAAUCUUAGGUCAGGUGGUAAUCAGACAAAUUCACCUCCUGCCUUUUUAAUCUUUAACAGUCUUUCCCCCCUUUUCAGCCGCUCUCUGCUAAUCAUUACUUUAACAAAAGCUUCAUGAAGCAGGUUAUUUAUGAAGAAAAUGGUUUAUUUUGCUUACAAUUUUGGAGGCUGGAAGUCGAAACAACAUGGUGCAGACUCUGGGAAGGGAUAUGUGACUGAUGACAACAGAGAGAGAGAGCUCAAAGGAUGAGGCCACAUGGAGAGGCAGGAAGCCAGAGAGAGACUGGUGGGGGGAGCAGGCUCAGUUUUUUAUAACAACUUCCUCUCGUGAGAACUCACUCUGGGGGACCAGCAUUUCCUUCUGAGGACAACAACAUAAGGACCCAGUGACCUAUGGCCUUCCUAUCAGGCCCACCUCUUCAAGAUUCAUAUCACCUCCCAACAGCAACAGUAUGGAGACUAUGCCUCCAGCACAUGGCUCUUUGAGGGGACCAAAGAACCUCCAAGGCACAGCACUAUCCUUCCUUUCUCCUUUCAUUCUAGUGUUAGCGUAUGUUACAAUGAAUUGUGCACUGAUAGGACCCUUGUCCUCAGAGGACUUACAGUGUCGGGUAGUGGGGCAGUAGGGCAUGGAGCGACAAGCAUAUAAUCAAAGGAAUAAGUGAGAAUUAUAGCUCCUGUUAUUAAGGUGUACAGGGCACUGUGGGUCCCCAUAUUGAGGGAAUGAUCAAUUCUAUUUUGAAGGGUGAGAAUGAUUAUGAUGCUUACUCUUAAGAUGAUUAUGUCAUUUUGAUAGAAUAUGCAAACCAGGCACUUAGAAGGCUGAGGCAGGAGGUCCACUGGUGAGUUCAAGAACCUAUCUCAAAAAAUGAAAAGAAAAAACAAAGUGUACAUUCUCUUUUGAGUGUUAAUAGGUAAUUAUUUCCGUAGAUACUUGAUAAUAAUAACUAAAUAGAACACAUUAUUUUCCAAAGCGUAUUUAAGUCACUUUGUAUUGAACUUCACUUUCAAGAGGCACAUGUGGGCUCCUUUUCUUUGGGAAAACAUUAAUGAGUAGUCUGAAAUGGCUUUUGUGGAGACAAAGUGAGGAGAUAAUGAGGUUUAUCCUAUUGUGGAGGCAAGCUGCAUUUUAAAAAAAUAUUAAUUACUUACCUUUCAGGGGAUUCUGUUUUAGACUUUAGUGGCUGCUCUAAAUCACAUGCCACAGCAGGCAGGAGGGCUUGGAGCAGCUACAGAGAGCAGUGCUAGUGAGAUUCCAGGAACAGAAUUUGGAGAAAAUGUGGGUGAGGCUGUUUGGAUCUGGAGAACAGUCAUGACAAGACUUUUCCUCGGUGGGGCCCAGAGCCAGGGCAGUGCAGGAUCCUCGUCUCUUAAGCAAUGAUUCCAGCCAAGGUUGAGCCCAUGAGAAAACAGCAAGACUCGGAGAAGGAAAGAGAUUUGUUUGUGGUUCAUAGAGAGGUCACCAGAGAGAGCCAAUGUCAGUUUGUUCGAGCUUUAAAGCGUACUUAAGGAGUCAGGGGAAAAAAAAAAUCCGGAUUUAAACUGUUCUCUUGUCUGGUUUAUGAACUGGCUGAAAAUGAGCACCAAACUAUUCAACAUUUUCCCCCCAGGCCAGAGCAAGCUUUUGGCAGUGGUCGUGGUCAGGGGGAUGGGUAGCUCCUAUGAAUUUACCGCAUCACUGGGGACAGGAGCCUUAUAGAGUGGGCUUUUCAUUGGUCCCCUAAGAGAAGAGAGCUCCAAGAAGCUUCUGUGGAGGAAAGAAAGGAUGAAACUGCUGUGUAAAUGAGUAUGGAAGAUUAUGAUUUCCUGUUCAAAAUUGUUUUAAUUGGCAACGCCGGUGUGGGGAAGACGUGCCUAGUCCGACGAUUUACUCAGGGUCUUUUCCCCCCAGGUCAAGGAGCCACAAUUGGAGUUGAUUUUAUGAUUAAGACAGUGGAGAUUAAUGGUGAAAAAGUCAAGCUCCAGAUCUGGGACACUGCAGGUCAAGAGAGAUUUCGGUCCAUUACCCAGAGUUAUUACCGAAGCGCCAAUGCCUUGAUCCUUACCUAUGACAUUACCUGUGAGGAAUCCUUCCGUUGCCUUCCUGAGUGGUUGCGGGAGAUAGAACAAUAUGCUAGCAACAAGGUCAUCACUGUAUUAGUAGGCAACAAGAUUGACCUGGCUGAAAGAAGAGAGGUCUCGCAGCAGAGAGCUGAAGAAUUCUCAGAAGCCCAGGACAUGUAUUAUCUGGAGACUUCAGCUAAGGAAUCUGAUAAUGUGGAGAAACUCUUCCUCGACUUAGCAUGCCGACUCAUCAGUGAGGCCAGACAGAAUACACUGGUGAACAAUGUAUCCUCACCUUUACCUGGAGAGGGAAAAAGCAUCAGCUAUUUGACUUGUUGUAAUUUCAACUAAAGGCUGAAGCGAGGAAAAGCAAAAGGAAUCAGCGGCUGCCUUGAUGGGCCACAAGUUGCUGGAGAGAUCUGGCAAUGACUGUGGCUCCGGUUCUCGGACCUUCUGACUCCUGUGGGCUCCUGAGCUUACAAAGCGUGGCAGGCCAAGGGCCUUGUCCACAGGCCGGCAUUAGCAGAACAUAUAAUGGUUUCACCCUUUUGCAGUCUGGAGUUGGAGCAAGGAGAAAAUUGCACUAGGCACUCCAUGAUCUGCAAGCAUGUUGCUUUUGUUUUUUUAAAAAGCAAAUAAAAGCGCAUUCCUGACACAGCCCAGGGGGAAAUGUACUGUAGGGAUCCCUCCUGCACGUUAGUGGGUGCAUGUGGGGCUGUUCUUCAAGGGCUUCAGUGGUAAUCUUCUAGUGGCCCUGGUGUUCUUGUCUACCAGAUAAACCGAAACUGGGAAGGCAAGCACUAUCUCUAUGGUACAUACUGAUGACCCCAUGGAGAUUCUGAAAAGUGUUAUUUCUUUUGUCCAUAGGCACUUUCAAAAACUUUGGGAUGUAAAAAUGAAUUGAAACCUUUACCCAUGACCAACAGUAACAAUCAUUGUUUUAAUAAUAAUUUCAAGCUCCAUGACUCCUUUUGGUGCUAAUGAUUCCACUACUUCACAGACCAAACAUUUUAGUAUAAUGUCCUUAAAUGUAUUACCUAGAAUAAAAAUAAUGGGGGAAGUCCAUGAAUCAGAACUCUUUCAAAGUCUCAUUACUACUUUUCUCAAGUAGAUUUGUUGGAAAAGACAGUAUGUUUUCUUUCAUGUUCCCCUUUAAGUCUCUAGAUUUUCUUCUAUUCUCUCAUCUUUCCUGACCUUUAAGGAAACAAAAGUUUGAAAAAUUAAAAAAAAAAAGUUUGUUGAUAUUCUAAAAUAAAAAAUUAGUUCUAAGACAUUAUGAGUGAGAAAACAGACCAGAUAUGACCAAAUACUGUGGAUUAAUGGACUGCAAAGCAGGGUUUGAAGCAGAGCACAGUCCUUGAUAACAGGUCACAUCUUUUACUUCCUGGUACUAGCCUUCUUGGAUAAACCAAGACUUAGGAUUUUAUAGAUAUUUUUAGUAUGAAAGUGAGAAUUAGCAGCAGAUAAAGUCUCACAAACAUUUUUGUAUCUUCAUAACAUUAUAAAAGUUCUGCUUGUAGAAGCACGUUGAGCAUCAUGGAUGAUCUCUUUAUAAUGGUACUCUUAGACUCAUGACCGUACAUGCUUUCCUGUUUCUCUUUUUUCCUCUAUUUCCUAGUCUCUCCUUUUGGUCCUUCUUUCUUACCCUCCUACCUCCCUCCCAUCUUGAUUCGCAUGCAUUACUGCAAAUCUCCAAUUCAAAUGGAGGUAUAUAUAUGCCUUUUCUUAGCCAAUUUUAAAACAGGAUCAAAAUGGAAGAUGUGCUGCUGAAUAUGUGUUCAUUUCUUCAGUGCCAUACUUUGAAUUCUUCCAAUUUGUUCACUGAAAUAAAUGAAAAUUGAGAAAAUAAUUAAACCUGUAUGCUUUUGAUGCUAUCAGAUGUUUCUGUAGCUUGCUGCUUAGCAUAAAUGGGAGGUGAGUAAUAAAAUUUGGAUGAUAUGUGAUUCUGCUGUUGCUGUAGAUGGUGACAAUCUCAGACCUGAUAUAUUGAUGUUUGAAAGCUAUUUAAUGUAAUUAUAAAGUAAUGAGUCAUAGUUCAUGGAACUGAUAAAGCAUUUUCAACCCUUCUGUAGCAGAUUCCAGAAUGACCAAUCUUUUGCAUAGGGGAUUAUAUAUAUUGUUUAGGGACUGAUACUUCUAAUUGGCCUCAUUGUGUUUUCCUGGUUGUGUGGGAAAAAGGAAAGAGAUCCCAGAAGCUAGAAUUGUCUUUCUUUUAGAAUCUAUCUCUGUAGGAAAGAAAAAUCAUCUUAAUGAAAGCCAAAAUAAUUUAUAAGUAUUACUGCUUUCUCUUCGCCAUCUUUUCUACUAAGCCAACAGCUAAAGGUAUCAGAAAAUAAUCAAGGGAGCAGAGAAACUUACCUUUUUAAACUGAGGAAAUGUCCUAAAGUUUAAAUUUAUUAUUUUUUCAGGGCAAAAAUCCAGCGUGUCCACCAUAGGAUGACCCAAAUUUAUCUCACAUCCACAAAUGUGUUAAAAAUAAGACCACUUUUGUGAAUGUAAGAGGGCUUUGUUAGAUUGAAUUAAUUAGUUGUAAAAUAAUAGCUUAAAGGACACACUUGCGGUCUGGGAUUCUUACUCCCUAACACUUGACUCCCUCUACCUUUGGGCAGACUCACAAAGAGGUUAGAGAGUUCUGUUCUUGGCCCCAUUAUUUUUUGUUACUCCUUCUAGUCAUUCUGUCAUUUAGAGUCACUCACCCAUGGUCCAUCUGAGGGACUCGUAAGAAUGUGAAACUUUAUUCUUUUUUUUCUUAGUUACAUGGAUUUCAGAAUUAGCGUUAUGCACACUGGUCUAUUGAUGUAUCUCAAGUUGAUAACAAACCCUGACAAGGUUGUAGGUGCAAUGUAUAUCUGCUAAGUAAAUGAUCUUGUGUCAAGUGGGGCUUUUUUUUUUUUUUUUGAUUAAACAGAAAUUCCUUCAAGUAGUAUCUGAGGUGACACUAAAUGAAGUCAUCUUAACCAAGCGCAGGACUUAAACUUAUUCGUUCUUGUCAGGGCAUUAUUUGCUGAAAUAAGUCUUUAGAUAAAGACAAAGUCUGGUGGAUGAAAAAAAUGAGUUGCUUUAUCAUAAUUUAGUUGAGCUUGAUCUGACAAAAACAGUUAUAGCCUGUAACUUUUUCUAUUUGGGGUAUGAUCUUUUCUUGUUUUAAAAAAGUUAAUUAUAUGGCAAAACAUGGUUCAGUUUCCAGUGAAAACACAUAUCUGUGUUAUAGAGUAAUGCUUUAAAAAAUCUAUGAAAUCAUGUAAUUUGCUGAUAUUAAUGAUAAUAUGGCUUUGUAGAUUGACAUUCAAAGGAUUUUAUGCUUUCUCUUUUGCCUAUGCAACCUGUAUGAUCCUGUAUGUUUUUACUAGGUCUGUUGAAUUGUAUUAACAUUUAAUUUUUUAUUGUAUAGAGCCAGUUAUCUUUUCUAUAGAUUGUUUAGGUUAACCAUUGGCUUUUCCUGGCCUUUCCUUCUCCCUGUCUACUAGCCAUUUUAUGUUAACAUCUCUUCCUGAGUAAAGUGGUAAGAAAAUAACUAAAAAUGAGUGGAUUUACUAGACAAUGUGUCAAAUUUGGAUUUAGAGUUUGGUAAAAUAGAAACCACUGAGCAAAAUAAAAUCUUUGGAUUUGGUUAUUUUAAGCAGUUUGGACUUUUUGGAGGAAGGGAGCAGACCCAACAGAGGACCGGAUUCUUAUUUUUCUUCUUCUGUUGAACAUAUUUCUUGAAAGGACCCCUAUGACUCCAUAGUGUAAGGUGGAUGAUUUACUUUAUCUACCUUUUAAACUAUCCCAUAAUCCCUCAGGCCCAACAUCAAGUUUUAGUUAAUAACUCAUUCUGAACAAAUAAUCAGAUGUAAACUCUUUGAACUGUUCUUCUGAUUAUAAUAAAACAUCUUUUAAUAGACUCAACCAGAAUGAGAUGUCAUAAUCAUCACAUGAGACUAAUGACCUUAAAAUAGAUAUUUCUUAAUUCUAUAGAAUUCUGUACUUUAUAGUCAUAAAUACUUAAUGAAUAACUUCCUCAUUAGCAUCUGGAAGAGUUCUUUUUUUCGAAAAAAUUUUUGGUGAUCACCAGGGAUCAAACUCACGACCUCGCACUUGGCAGGCAGGCACUUACGCCACUGAGCUAAAUCCCCAGUCCGAUGGUGGUGUUUAAAUGUAGUUGGUUAUUUACUUUUUCCAACUAUAGUAUUCAUAAGUGUUUUUUGAUGUAACUGUUGUAAUACUUAUGAGGUUUAACUAGAUAGUGAACAGGAAUGAACAUUUACAAUUUAUCCUUCUGACAAAAUAUAUUCCAUUUAAACAGUAUAGUUAAACACCAAUUUGGGAAUAAAGGAAGAUGUAUAUACUUUUCUUCUUUUUGGAUUUCAUUUCUGACAUGAGCCUAUUUGUGUUUGAAAGGAAAGCUGUCUUCCCUUGUAUUAUACGCACUGGUAAUUUCUUUAUACUCAAUUAUUCCUUCAAGCCAUUAAUCUAGUAAUGUUAAGGGAGAUGCACAUUUCAUCUCCUUUCAUCUCCUGUGAUGUUAGAAUGUUAUACUCACUCUUGGGGCCAUAUAUUGAAAUUAAAAACAAAUUGAGGCGUAAUAGCCUGGUAAAGGAAUUUAAAUUUUAAAAUAUUUGAAAAAUGCAGGAAGGAUUUUGUGAGACUUAAUCUGGAAGAGAUGAAUAUAAUAAGUACAUUACAGCAAGAGGCUCUGUAGCUCAAAGAAAUGGAAUGAGGCUUACUGAGUGGAGGACACAGAGCCACAGGUUUAGUUCCCAUAUCAGGAGGAACCUUCUCAAAAUAUUAGGGGCUUAUGGAUAGUAUCACCUCAAGUAAUAGUCUGUGUCAAGCAGAGAGUAGAUAGGAAAGAAUUUGGCAGAGAAUUAGAGAGGAUACAAGUGUUGGCUGAGGAUAGGACUGCAUGACUUAUUACCUUAAAAUUACAUGUUAAAGGACUUUGUUGCUCAUAACAUAUUCAGUUAAGCAUCUGUUGACCAAUAGCUACUAAUUUUUUAAAAAGGGCUUUGCUUUCUUGCCACAUCCUUCAGGGAAGAUGUGGAUUAUUAGGCCAAGAGACUGGUCUGCCAUUAAAUCAUAAGCAGAGAUUACUAUGCCAGUCCACUCAAUGUCUUGAAGAGAUCACAAACUAUUUCUAGAGCUGUUUUUUUUUCUUGAAGUCAUCAUAAUGAUAGAAAUUAAAUAUUAAAAUUUAUUCACCUCAGUUUAAUGAAUAAUGAUGUCUCUUCAGGAUAGGUCUUUGUAGCAGAGCAGAAUCUUCUAUUAAAGAUCCCACAAAUAAACAUGAAGUUUUUACAGCUCCCAUGACACAGGCUGGUGGAUUAUUGACAGAAAGCAGACCUCAAGAUCUAUUUUAGAAAACUCCUAAGACACUCAAUGGGUUUCCCUAAUUCUCUUGAGAGUACAUUGAAAAGAACUGAGUCUAAAUCGUUUCAUGUGGAGAGUAAUAAAACACAGGUGUAGCAUUUGAUUUUUUUUCCUCACAGGGCUGGGGAAAAAAACCCAGUUACAGUGCUUGCCUUGUACGUGCUAGACAAGCACUAUAACUGAGCUACACUCCCAGACCUUUAAAUUAAAAAUGAGAAUCUAAAGUAAUUUUUGCUAAUAAAGUCUGUGAUCCAGAUGAUUCCACCUGCAAAAUAAUUUGCAUUCUUGCUUGGCUGAUACAUGAUUUUCAUUAGUCUUUUUUUUUUUUUUUUUUUUUUUUUUUUUAAGUCAUUGGUCUGAAUACUUGAGUUUGGGGAAGAUUUGCUCUAACUGUGUUGGAAAUAGUCACAUUACACAGGCUAACCACUUCCUGAAGUUGUAUGAGUCAAAGUUUUACUUUCUUACUAAUUUAAAGAAUUUCUGGAGGUUCUGUUUUCUAAUUCUUGGAAUAUUCUUUGGUAGCUGGUGACUGACAUUUCAGAAUGAUGCAGGGAAAUAGAAGGGCAGACACUAAUUUAGGUUGCACAAACUAUCUGUGACUUCAGACAAAGCACAAUAUCUUGAGCAUUGGUUUUCUCAUCUAUGACUUGAUAGAAUUAUGAAAUUCAGUUAAAUAAAUUGAAAGAACAGUGCUCAGUAAACAGUAAGGACGUCAAUAUCAGUUCUUUUUUCCUUAAUUAUGAAAAGAGUUUGGAGCUGGAUGUGGUGGCAUGCACCUGUAAUUCCUACUAUUUGAGAGGCUGAAAUGGGAGGAUCACUUUGAGACCAACUUGGCAACACAGCAUGAUGCCAUCUCAAAAUGUAUACAUACAUUUUGCACAAUCUGGUGCAAAUACAGUUACUUGAGGGACAAAAGAAAGACUUUUCUGGCUUCAAAGAAAAGAGCUCCAUUUUUGGAAGGGUUCCUUAAAAGGAAGUCAUUUAGGGCUGGGGAUUUAGCUCAGUGGUUUAAGCGCCUGGCUGGCAAGCACAAGGUUGUGAGUUUAUUCCCUGAUACCAUUAAAGAAGAAAAAAAAAAGGAAGUCAUUUACUCUGCUUUGGGGCAUUACUGCCAUUCUCCCAUUUCUUUAGAUACUUCUGGAUUUUGUUUCUGUCUCUGUCUCUCCCCACCCACUUUCUCGGCAAUUCCAGGGUUGUAAACUCCUUAUUAUCAGGAAACUCAAUCAGAGAACUGAAAUACCUCACAGUACAAUUUAAACCUCUUCUUGAUCCCAUUCUCCAUGGGAAGAAAAAUUGAGUUGAUUUCUACUUUUUUCAGGAGCCACAUUUGCCACUUAUUAAUUGCUAUUUUGCCUAAUUUUUAAAAACUAAUAGGAAAAGCUCAUUAAAUUCAUAAUCAUUCUCUUGGUAAAUAUUAGGACAGGUAGAACUUAUUAACUCUUACCUUCUUUCUACUACCUGAUUUACAUCAUAAUCUUAUUGUUAAGCAACUCUGCAAUUAUGCAAGUAUUUUUCUUCCUUAGUUAUACAAUUGGUAAUGAUGGAUGCUCCUGAAGAAUGAUUCUGAUUGCGUGGCUCUUGUUUCCAUCCUUUGGUAAAAAUGGAGUCAUGAAUCUCACUUAUAUGAUAGGUUCUAGAAUUUAAUUAUCUAUGUGGUGUUAUUUGAUGAAUGUAGUUACCAACAUCAAAAGAGUUUCCUCCCUGCCUUUCCCCUCUGUAUUACCUUCUGAAGUAAAAAUUGGAGUACUGAAUGCCUAAUAAAGCAGAAUUUCAUGUACCAAACAACAAAAGAGUAUGAUUGGAGUAACUUACUGGCUGACUGAACAGUACACACUUUUUGUUUAAAUUUACACUGUAAUGCCUGGAUUAAGUAACAAUAAACUUGACAAGCCCUCUGAAAAACAGCUGCUAACAUACUGCUUUCUGGAAUGUAAUAGGAAUAAAUAUUCUCUUUUCUACUUAGUUACAGAAUACUAAUGGAAAUUUCUUGUAGACUAUUUGACAAUGAAUGUCAGUAGGUUUACUAUAAAAAUUUUUAGUUACAAAUUCUCUCAUUUCUUUAAGACUUGUUGGGGCUCUCUUGUCUUUGUUAUAGAAAAAUUCAAAUGACUGGAAUGCUGGCUUUGAAUUUCUAUGCACUGAAACGUCCUCUAGACUUAUCAGAUGGUUGGAGCUCCUUUGAUGGUUGGUGUACAAGAAGCUACAUAAAUGCAUUUGAACUAGUGCAUGAGUAAAAUUGCUAUUGUCAGCAAAAAUUUUUAAAAAAAAUGCUCCACAGCCCAGCUAAUAAAGAGAGAGUUUUGAUAAUUUAAAGGGGAAAAAAGUGUGCUCCAUAUAUAUUCUUGCACACACUUUAAUGCAUGAUUUUUAGUAUAGGGAUGAAAUAAAAUGCAAAAAAAAUUCUGGAGAUCUCAGCAGCUAGUUAAAAUAUUUUCAGAAGCUGCUUUAUGAGGAUUUAGAGAAUCCUUAAUUUCCCCCUUUCUUGUCUGUAUUAAAAUAUGGAUCUUUAACAUACAGUUUUAAAAAACAGGUUAAUCAUUGAGUUUUAUAAACUCAAUUCUUAAUCUUUGGCUAUUGGUUUUAUGCAUAGGAUCUCAGUAAAAUCUGGUAUCAGUAUAUAAAAGCUAAGUAUCAGCUUCAGUAUAAGCAUAGUACUUGAUUUUAAAUGUUAAUAUGCAAAUAUUAACAGUACAAUGUAUAUUCUAUGUAUCCAUGUAUUACUUUCCUUUUAUGUAAUAAAAAGCUUAUUAGAUGUAUAAGCCAUUGAUUACUUGAGUGCAAUUAGCUGAAAACAUUCUGUAGAAAGUGAUUUAUGAAAAUUUCAACUAAUAUUUAAAAAGGGGAAUAGAAAGGGAAUAGGAAGCUGAACAAAAUUUUUAAAAAUAAAGCUGUAUCUAUCUUUUUAGAAAUUAAGAUAUAAUUCACACAUUAUACACUCACUCUUUUAAAGUGUAAAAUUCAAUGUUUUGAGUAUAUUCACUGUCUUGUGCAAUUCUAACUUCAGAAUGUUUCAUCAUCUCUCCAAAAACUGUCCAUUAAGUGAAUCUGGCACCAAGUAAUCUGCUUUCUGUCUCUGUGAAUUUGCCUAUCCUGGACAUUUCAUAAAGAUACAGUCCUAUAAUCUGUGGUCUUUAGUGUCUGGUUUCUCUUAACAUAAUGUUUUCAAAGUUUAUCUUUGUUGUAUGAAUCAAUACAUUAUUAUGGCUAAGUAAUAUUCCAGUGUACAUGUAGAGUAUAUUUUAUUUUUCCAUCAAUUGAUGAACAUUUGAGUUGUUUCCCCUUCUUGGAUAUUAUAAAUAAUGCUGCUAUAAAGAUGUAUGUAAUGUUUUAUGUGUGGGCAUAUAUUUUCACAUCUCUCUUAAAAGCAAUUAGCUUAAAAAUUAAGUUAUUUGUAUUAAAUAGAAGCUCUUAAUGCUCUAUUUGGAAAAUGGAACUUAUGAUCUUAGUUCAAUUAAUCAAUUAGGAAACCCCCUUCAAUAUAUCAGUGAGAAUUUUUCUAUGAGCUUGUCAUUAGGUAUGAUUAAUUUCAGGAAGACUGUGCAGAAACUGUGUUGUCAUAGAAUUUCUAGUCUUCUGCACUGCUUUUGAAGGAUAGCUACGAACAAUGCUGGAGAAGAAAACCCAUUCAGUCUUUCAGGGUUCAUGAAGGAGCAUUUUUAAGGUACAAUUUCUAUUACAUAUUGACCAUCUUUUAAAGUUUGGGUGUACCUUCUUGGAAAAAAAGAUUGUUAAAUUGCCAAACCAUCUGAUUGUUCAUUGUAGUUUAAGCUUUUAUUAUUAAGAAAUAAUUCAUAAUGAGAGUAAAAGUACAAAGAAUGUAUUUUGUCUGCAGAGUAUGAAUGUAUUUAACAAAAUUUUUAUUUGUAACAAUUUUUUUUUUUAAAAACCUGAAUGGAAAUUGCUUUCCCAUGUACUUGUAUAUAAAUAAACAUUUCCUGUUGCCCA